CGUUCUAACCCUUCAACUCCAACUUUAAAACCCUCAUAAGGAAGUUAAAUAUGGGAAACCAUUAAAGGAACUCACUUUCCGAUGGUGACCCGGACCCCUUUGUCGUUUUAUUUUUUAAGUCCGCCUGGUCGACUUUAUAAUGGAAACGUGUGGCAUGAGACGCGCGCACUGUGUGGUUUUCGCGGUUUUGCUGUUUGCACUAAAUACUGUGAUUGCUGAAACUUUCUCUCCACGUACGGACUCCGAUAGACCGUUGAGUAGCAAAGCAUUUUCUGAGGGAACAACAGGUUUAAAACACACGACAUCUUGGCUGGGGAGAGGGGCCACUGCCACAGCUUUGGAUCAAGCGACCGGACAGGGCGACAUCACGGACAUUCCCGCCAGUGUGUCGAUUACUGAAGCGCAAACUGGACAGUCAGGAAAAACCUCACGCUUCUCAGCAAAUACUGCAGACUGGACAACUCAAAAAAACUUGGAUGACUCCACUAUACUGCUGAGAUCCAACAAAGAGCUUACUCAAAAUAGCACAGCCCAAUGGGAGGGUCUAUCAAUAGUAUCCCACAGCAUCAGUUCUUACCCAACCCUCUCAGACAAACAACAGCCUGGGACAGAUGAGUCCACUGAACAGCUGCAAUCCAAUAAAGAAUUUACACAUAAUGCCACUUUCCAAUGGGAGGAUCCAUCAGUUGUGUCCCAUGGCACUAGUUCUUACCAGGCCCUUUCAGAUAAACGCCAGCCUGCGACUGAGUCCCGGACAGGGCAAGACAUUCCUGUAACGGACCUAAGAGAACAUUAUGUGGACACAGUCAGCAAUGAUUUGGUCUCUCACACUGAUAGCACCUACAUCUCUAAAACCAGCCGAGUUGGAGAACGCAUCCUGCUCUCUGUGUCCUCGAACAGCACCUCUCCAUACAUCGAGAUCUCCAACUCAUCAGAGGUUGUGUCACAAACUUUUAGCUGGAAAGAGAGGGUAUCAGAGGUCACCCAGGGCAGGGAGCAAACAGAAACUGUAGAAGGUGUAUCUACAGCAUCUGAGCAGACUGAGCCAACAUCUGAAGAUCAUAAUCCCACUAAUGCAACUCAGGGCCAGUCUUUAGAGACUGAAAGGUCACUGGUGUCUCAAGACACGGAGUCCCAGACGGGACAGCCUAGUGUUACAGAACAGAACAUUGAGCACUCAAAUUCAACACCCUCUCUCACAGUGAUUAACACUGGGGAGACUGUCACAUCGGUGAAUGGUGGGACACCUUACACCGAAAGCGAUGACUCUGUGUCCUCUAUUGCUCCUUUCACCCUUGGUGAACACAAUGCCUCUAGCACAUCCCUGCAGAAUGGUGAGACCACAGUGACUGAUUCUAUGGGCACUGGAGCUUCCACAAAGUUCUCUACCGGAACGGUCUCCUCCAAUGGCCAUGAGGAACCCAAAGAAACUCCAACUCAUACGAUGGACGAGACAACCGUUCAGGGUCUGACCACUGCACCUCCAGUGCUUGAGGAUGUAUCCACCACAAUUGAUGACUCAUACUCCAGGUUUAUUGCUGGAGAGUCCUCCCUUUCCCCCAAAGCCUAUGAUCCGACCUACACAGAAGUGCUGCCAACACCUGCCGGGCCAGUAACUCAGAGGCCACAGCUUACAGAGGAAGCAACUGAUGUGCCAUCUACCGUUUACAGUUCUACCAACACCAUGACUACCACAACUGCUCCCCUCACCACCCGUCUGAUCCAGCCCAGCACCACCCCACAAACCCAAACAGAGCAGACUACUCUUGUUACCACCGGUAUCGUGCAGGUGCUCCAGACAACAACCUCCACAGCCCAGCGGUUACCUACCUCACCUACUGGAGGACCACAGGCACCCAUUACAUCUAAUUCUGCUGACGUCACAACCUUGCAUUUAGAAACCAGCACGGCCACGCCAGGGAACACUACUGCACAUGGCAGACAUGUAACAACGCCCUACAGCAAGAGCACCCCAGCCAGCAGCACUGUGGUAAUAACCACCAGGAAUCACAGAGACAGUACCACAGAAAUGGGAAUGAUGACCACACAGAUGCCUUCAAAGUCAACCCCAUCACCAGAUCAUGUAUGUGGGCCUAAUACCUGUGCCAAUGGAGGCCACUGUGAAAGAACAGUAGAGGGAAAAUACAGCUGCCAGUGUCUGUCUUCAUGGACAGGCCCCUCUUGCACUGAAGAUGUGGAUGAGUGUAUGAAUAAUCCGUGCCCACAGGGUUCAGUGUGUGUCAACACGGGUGGCUCUUUCAGCUGUGAAUGUUCCUUGGGCUUUGACCUAGAGGAUGGCCGCAGCUGUGUGCAAGUGAAGACAUAUUUGGGCACCUUCAUUGUGAACAACUCUAUGCACCUCAAGAGUUCAGGUCUGCAUGAGCUCCACAAAGAGAUCCUACAGCUGCUCAAUGCCUCUCUAUCAAUUUUUCACGGUUACAGACGCUCAACUAUGGGUAAAAGAGAUGGAGAUGGUGUUCGGAUUUCAGUGGUGAACAUGUUUUCACUCUCUGCCAAUGUUACCAGCACUGAUGUCAAUAACAGCAUCCAGAUGUCCCUGAGCAACUGCAGUCGGACGUACUCGCACUGCACCAUUAAGCUUCAGCACCAGCUCUCCUAUCACGUGGAGAGCCUGUGCUUGGCCCAGAAGACCAAGUGUGAUUUACAGUACUCUGUGUGCGUGGAUGCUAGCGGGACCCCAUACUGCCAGUGCCACCCAGGGUACAUUAAAAAGAACCCAGGGGACAUGACCUGCAGAGACUGUGGAGAUGGACUCAAGCUUGUUAAUGGCAACUGUGUUGAGUGCAUGUUUGGAUUUGGAGGUUUCAACUGCAACAAUUUAAUCUGUUUACAUGCAGUCUAUAAGCUGAUAGCUGUGGUGGUCUCUCCAGCUGGGGGAGCUCUGCUGUUGAUUGUCAUCAUUGCUCUUAUAGUCACCUGCUGCAAAAAGGACAAAAAUGACAUCAACAAAAUCAUCUUCAAAAGCGGAGACCUUCAGAUGUCACCCUACGCAGAGUUUCCGAAGAGUAACCGUGUGUCCAUGGAGUGGGGCAGAGAGACCAUAGAGAUGCAGGAGAAUGGCAGCACCAAAAAUCUCCUGCAAAUGACAGACAUCUAUUACUCACCUGCAUUGAGGAACUCCGACCUGGAGCGCAAUGGGCUGUAUCCCUUCUCCGGCCUCCCCGGUUCAAGGCAUUCCUGUAUCUACCCAGCUCAGUGGAACCCUUCUUUCACAAGUGAUGAUUCACGGCGAAGGGACUACUUCUGAUGGCCUUAUCCAGCAGGCCUGAAAUAAGCUCUCUCUGCGUGGUUUGACCCAAGAUGGAUACUGACCACUAAAGGCAUCUGAUUGUGAAAAUGAACUGGCAGAAGACAAUUAUCUGUAGAACUGGAAGAAAGCCACAGAGCUCUGUCGGGUCAGUUUAGCAUUUUCUAGGCCAUGCCUCAAUGAAACUUCAGAGUUGAGGAGGACAACAUGAAAUGGUGAGAUUUCAUUGAUCUGUGUUCUUAUAGCUCCCAGCUGAGCGAUUAUUCUUCGGUGAAAGUCUGUUAAUUUAGUCUAGAUUGAUGGAGAAUAACAGAAAAUGCCUGAUCUACAGUAUAACUUUUUACAUUAUAAAAGUUAGCACUAUAAACUCCUCACACAGAUCUUAUCUCAAACAGCAUAAGCCAUAAAUGUAUCAUAUUUAUAGUUUGGAUACUGUGUUACAUUUUCGAGUGUGUAAAGCAGGGCCGGCCCUGGCCAAUUUGCUGCCCUAGGCAAGAUUUCACCUGGUGCCCCUGGAAUCACAGACAAUUCCACCACUGAUCAUUGUGUUCAUACACUCACACAGAAACAAACUGCGCAGCUUUGUCUUGUUUUUCUUUAUUUUGAAAAUAUUUUGGAAACAAACACACACACACACACACACACACACACACACACACACACACACACACACACAACUAAAUUAUAAAUAUAAUAUAAAUACAUUUAUAUUAUAAGAUUAUUGCGGAAAAAAAAAUACAGAAACAAAAAGAUACACAAAAAAAUAAAUAACUAUACACAAACUGCAAUGCAAAAUGUAGCAAACGUUCUACAGCCUUACUCUCCUUGCCUUUCUAGCAGCAAAGUCAUCUAUGAUAUCAUCAUAAUACAGCUGUUGGGAGACCACAUGAUUUAUGCUAAUGACUGAAAGUCCACUGAGACGUUCUUGAGCCAUUGUAGAUCUCAGGUAGUUUUUAAUCAGUUUGAGCUUAGAGAAGCUCCUUUCAGCAGCAGCGACGGUAACAGGUAGAGUGGCAGAGAUUCUCAGAGCGACCCACAUAUUGGGGUAAAUUUCCGUCAGCUUCUUCUUGUGCAGGAAAGUCAGGAGCUCAAUGUUUGUCAUGUUUUUUGAUGGCAGAUUUGGAAAGUUUACAUUUCCAAUACAAGUUCCCUGCCAUCAAUAUCUGGCUGUCCAUCAUGUCUUAAAGCUGUGCUCAGGGUCUGACAGUGCUCUACCAACUCUUCUUUGGACAUGUUGGUAAAGUUGAGGAGCACUCCAAAUUUAACAACAAUAAUAUCUUAAUAAAAACCUAAAGUAAUAUUGACAAACUAUAUAUCAUUUGAAACCUCAUGUUUGUUUUCAUGCCAAGAGUUCAAAAGAUAACACCAAUUCAAUUUUAUGAGGAAAAAAAGGUCUGAAAAUGUUUUAAAUAUAAAGAAAGAUAUUAUGGAUUCUCGAUUUGUGAUGUGGUUAUGAGCUAUAACGCACAUAUGUGCUCUUUUAUGCAUUUAUUAGAGGUUGAAUUCAAAUCAAAUACUAAAUACUACAAUUAAACACACAAACAGCAAGAAUAAUUACAUCUGGUAUUCAUGCACAAAACUGUAUUGAGCACUUCUCUAGCAUACAUACAGUAGUUACAUUUUCAAAAAAUUAAUUUUGAAAGUGUUUGUUUUCCAGUAACAGUUAGAUGGUAGCAAUGUCCUACUAACUACACAUUACUAAUUUAGCCAAUUCAAUUAAAAAUACCUUAAAAUAGUGCACAAGUUCAA